AAGGCAAUCAUGGGAAAGGAAGAAUUUCCUAUCGAUUCUGGAACCAUUAGAGAUGAUGAUGUGGCCUCUUCAGCUUCCUCCAACACCAUAACUAGCAAGUUAACACCCACUGCCCUUCGGGGAGUGAGUCCCUCUGUUGAAUUGUGUGCUAUCUAUCUUGUAUCUAGAGCAACUCAACAGGAACCACCAUUGAGGCAAUUUUUUGUGAGCGACUAA